AUGGCUUUAGGUCAGAAUCAACAGAACAACAUGAAGGGUUUGCAAUUGUUCAUUGCAGACCUUCGAGCAAACCAGAAGACUAAAGAGCAUGCUAGGAGAAUACAAACUGAACUACAGAAUAUACGGACUCAGUUUACCCAGAAAAGUGGGCUCAAUGGGUAUCAAAGGAAAAAAUAUGUUGCUAAGAUGGCAUAUAUAUAUAUCACUACUAAUGCUGGCAUGGUUCCUGAGUUGUUAUUCGGAUUGGAUCAAUGUUUCCAGUUGUUGAAAAGCAGUAACUUCAGUGAAAAAUGGAUUGGUUAUAUGACACUUGAACUCCUUUUCAACCAUGCUGUUGUGAGAAACAGCGUCCUGGAGAAGACUAUUUCAUGCUUGAAACUGGAUCUAUCAUCUGGCGACGCUAAUGCAGUAAGCUUGGCGUUGAACUUCGUCGGAAUAGUUGGGAAUCGUGAUGAAAUCUUUGCUGAUAAUCUAAGUGAGACGAUAUUCGGAAUUCUUAGAUCUCCUGUCUCAUCAGCCAUUUUGAAAAGAAAAGCAUGCUUGGCGUUUUUAACUUUAAUUCGUUAUAAACCGCAAAUCCUUACAAAUCUUGAAGAUAAUAAACGAACUCUAUGGAUUGAAAGAAUUACUACAUUAUUAGGGGAUGAGAACGAUCAUGGAUUAUUACUUUCACUUUUGCCUUUACUUGAGUUUAUAGCUAGAGAGAUUGACGUUAAUCCAUGUUUGAGGUUAAUCCCGCAACUAGCUGAGAUUUUGCAUGAAUGUCUAUCGAAAAAGCAGAAUAGUGCAAAUGAUGCAGAUUACCAAUUUUCGGGAGUAUCUAACCCAUGGAUUGUAGGGAAUUGUGUAUCUCUUUUACAAGUCUUGGUCAGCGAUAACGGAGAGAAUUUGAUCGGAUCGAAUAUUGAUCAACAGACCCUGGGUAAGUUACGGGUUUGUGUAUCACAUGCGGUAUCGUUUGCAUUAGCAAGUGAUGCCAAUCCGGUCACCAAAAAUGCUCAGUAUUCUGUUAUGUUUACAAUGCUCGGUUUUGCUUGUAAACUGGAUCCUACUAAUGAGGCUAUUUCAAAUUCCGUCACAGGACUUUGUGAACUAAUGACAUCUAAUGACCUGAAUACGAGAUAUUCAACUUUCGAUCUUUUAAUCAAAAUCUGUAAAGUAAAUGGAACAACUGCGAUAAAGACAAUUCAAAAUGAACAUCUCACGAGAUUAGUUGAUAUGUUAAAAAGAGAGAGUGACGUUACUCUAUUGAGAAAAAUUAUUGAUCUCCUUGUCAUCUUAACAGACGUAAGCAAUUUCAAAUUUGUCGUUCAAGAGCUUUUAAGUGCAUUAGAAGCCCACAAAUCAAUGGAUUUUGCUCUGAGAGAAGAUUUGUCGUUCCAAAUUGAAAGGCUGAUAGAGCUGCACGCAGAUGAUCUCAACUGGUUUGUGCUCUCCUCGUUAAGGUUAUUAUCAUCAAACACAUCAAUCAAGAAUGAUCAUGUUUGGAAGCGAAUUUGUCAGAUAGUGGUGAACAAUGAACCAUUACAUAAACUAGCGUGUGAACAUCUGAUUGAUUACUUACAUGCUCCUAACGUGGCGGAAUCGCUUGUGAAGGCUGGUGUUUUCCUUUUAGCUGAAUAUGCGUCACUGGUUAACGACAAAGUCUCAGCUGGGGAUCUAUUUAACCUUUUCACUGAAAAAUACUUCCAAGUCAGUAAUUUGACUAAGGCAAUGAUACUAACAGGAAUGUUAAAGUUGUAUCACGUCGAACCGCAGUUAUCUUCUGUUGUUGUGAAGUUUUUUCAAUUAGAGUUGAAUUCAUUUGACGUCAUUUUGCAGACGAGAUCUUAUGAAUAUUUGAAGAUAAUUCAAUAUUCGAAGAUGAACGAUAUGACCUUUAUAGAUAAGUUAUUACCCGGUAUGCCACCAUUUGCUUCUAGCAAAGAUACGGACAUAAUGUCCAAGCUUCCGAAAACACAAGAACUACUGAGCCUAGAGCAACCUUUCACCAGUGGUAACACUGUAGACUCUAACAACAAACCCGCAUCCUUACCCACCCCACCAAGAUCAAGAAAAAACAACAAGCUCUAUCAUUCACAACAACUAACUCCUGGAUGGGAAUCUGGCUUUAAAAGGAUGCUAAUUCAUACCCAAGGUGUAUUUUAUCAGGAUACCUUGGUGAGUGUUUUGUUUAGAGUGGAAACCAAGGAAGAGCAACCAUCAACAAGCAAGAUCACAUUCACAUAUGUGAACAAAUCAGAUUGGGAAAUUACAGGAUUAAGUUGUGAGAUUAUUCCACUUCGUGCGGACAACAACCCACCAUAUGUGCUGCAAGUCUUGCAAUCACCGGAUUCAAAGUUAGCACCGUCCAACGGCAGAACAUCAUAUACUUUUGAGAUAACAACAAGGUUCCCAUUCCCACAAGAACAUGCAUCUUUGUUGUCAUCGCAAUUUAAAUGUGGCGGUCAGUACUGUAGUCACAGGCUAAAAAUUGGUUAUACCAUUCUCUCUACACUAUCACCUCGUAUCAGUGAGAUUAAGUUAGCCCAGUUCGUUCAACGUUGGAAGUCAAUCGGUGAUUCUCUUGGAAAAGCGGGCGAACAUGUAGACGUUGUCGAAUGCCAACAUACAAAUUUACAAAAAUUAAUGAAAACCAUGUCAAAAGUUGGUUUUGACGUUGUCCAACAAUCGUCAAUUCCAAACAUUGCAUUUGCUGGUGGUAUUUUACAUACAAAGAGUGAUGGUAACUACGGAUGCUUGCUUAAGUUGAGAUUACUGGAUUCUGACGAUAAGGUACAAAUUACCUGUAAAACCACUUCAAGUGGUGACCUUUCUAGAUUCGUGAUUAAUUGUAUCAAAAAGGUAGUUGAGGAGUGA